GGCCGGAGGCGGGACCGGGCGUGGUGGGAAGCUUGGCCCGCGGUCGCCUCUCCUCCCGGCAGGGUCGCCUCUGGGUUUCCCUCAGCUGCUUCGCCAUGGCGGGCCCUGGCCCGGGCGCUGCGCUCGAGUCCCCGCGGCAGCUGCUGGGCCGCGUGCGCUUCCUGUCCGGGCCCCUCCGCGCCGCCCGCGACAGCAUCGAGCUCCGGCGCGGCGCCUGCGUGCGCACCACCGGCGAGGAGCUGUGCAACGGCCACGGGCUCUGGGUGAAGCUGACCAAGGAGCAGCUGGCAGAGCACCUGGUCGACUGCGAGCUGGAUGAAGGCUGGCUGCUUGUGUGCCGCCCGGCGGAAGGCGGGGCCCGCCUGGUACCCAUCGACACUCCCGACCACCUGCAGCGGCAGCAGCAGCUCUUCGGCGUGGACUAUCGGCCGGUGCUCAGAUGGGAACAGGUAGUGGACCUGACAUACUCGCAUCGUCUGGGAUCGAGGCCUCAGCCAGCGGAGGCAUACACAGAUGCUGUAGAAAGGCUGCUCUACGUGCCCCCGACAUGGACCUACGAGUGCGACGAGGACCUGAUCCACUUCUUGUAUGACCACCUGGGCAAGGAGGAUGAGAAUCUGGGUAGCGUGAAGCAGUAUGUGGAGAGCAUAGACGUUUCCUCCUACACGGAGGAAUUCAAUGUGUCCUGCCUAACAGACAGCAAUGCAGAUACCUACUGGGAGAGUGAUGGGUCCCAGUGCCAGCACUGGGUUCGGCUUACCAUGAAGAAGGGCACCAUUGUCAAGAAGCUGCUGCUCACAGUGGAUACCACGGAUGACAACUUUAUGCCUAAGCGGGUGGUAGUCUAUGGAGGCGAAGGGGACAACCUGAAGAAGCUGAGCGACGUGAGCAUUGACGAGACCCUCAUCGGGGAUGUCUGUGUCCUGGAGGACAUGACCAUCCACCUCCCAAUCAUCGAGAUCCGCAUUGUCGAGUGCCGAGAUGACGGGAUUGAUGUUCGUCUUCGAGGGGUCAAGAUCAAGUCAUCCAGACAGCGGGAACUAGGGUUGAAUGCAGACCUGUUCCAGCCGACCAGUCUGGUGCGAUAUCCACGCCUGGAAGGCACUGACCCAGAAGUACUGUACCGCAGAGCUGUCCUCCUGCAGAGAUUCAUCAAGAUCCUGGACAGUGUCCUACACCACCUGGUACCUUCCUGGGACCACACACUGGGCACCUUCAGUGAGAUUAAGCAAGUAAAGCAGUUCCUACUGCUGUCGCGCCAACGGCCUAGCCUCGUGGCUCAGUGCCUGCGUGACUCGGAGAGUAGCAAGCCCAGCUUCAUGCCACGCCUGUACAUCAACCGCCGCCUUGCCAUGGAACACCGUGCCUGCCCUUCUCGGGACCCUGCCUGCAAGAACGCAGUCUUCACCCAGGUUUACGAAGGCCUCAAGCCCUCUGACAAAUAUGAAAAGCCCCUGGACUACAGGUGGCCCAUGCGCUAUGACCAGUGGUGGGAGUGUAAAUUUAUUGCAGAAGGCAUCAUUGACCAAGGGGGUGGUUUCCGCGACAGCCUGGCAGAUAUGUCAGAAGAACUGUGCCCUAGCUCAGCAGAUACCCCUGUGCCUCUGCCCUUCUUUGUGCGCACAGCCAACCAGGGCAAUGGCACCGGUGAGGCCCGGGACAUGUAUGUGCCCAACCCCUCCUGCCGCGACUUUGCCAAGUAUGAAUGGAUUGGACAGCUGAUGGGGGCUGCCCUUCGGGGUAAGGAGUUCCUGGUCCUGGCUCUGCCUGGUUUUGUGUGGAAGCAGCUUUCUGGUGAAGAGGUGAGCUGGAGCAAGGACUUCCCGGCUGUGGACUCUGUGCUGGUGAAGCUCCUGGAAGUGAUGGAAGGAAUGGACAAGGAGACGUUUGAGUUCAAGUUUGGGAAGGAACUAACAUUCACCACCGUGCUAAGUGACCAGCAGGUGGUGGAGCUGAUCCCUGGGGGUGCAUGCAUCGUUGUGGGAUAUGAGGACCGUUCUCGUUUCAUCCAACUGGUCCAAAAGGCACGGCUAGAGGAGAGCAAGGAGCAGGUGGCGGCCAUGCAGGCAGGUCUGCUGAAGGUGGUGCCACAGGCUGUGCUGGACUUGCUGACCUGGCAAGAGUUGGAGAAGAAGGUGUGUGGGGACCCAGAGGUCACUGUGGAUGCCCUGCGCAAGCUCACCCGGUUUGAGGACUUCGAACCAUCUGACACGCGGGUGCAGUAUUUCUGGGAAGCACUGAAUAACUUCACCAAUGAGGACCGGAGCCGCUUCCUGCGCUUUGUCACCGGCCGCAGCCGCCUGCCCGCACGGAUCUACAUCUACCCGGACAAGCUGGGCUACGAGACCACAGACGCACUGCCUGAGUCUUCCACCUGCUCCAGCACCCUCUUCCUGCCGCACUAUGCCAGCGCCAAGGUGUGCGAGGAGAAGCUCCGCUACGCGGCGUACAACUGUGUGGCGAUCGACACGGAUAUGAGCCCUUGGGAGGAGUGAGGCGUGCCGGGGCAGCUGCGGGCUCUGGCAGGACUGCUCCCGUGUGGGUCCCACUAGGCAUAGCUCAGGGCAAGACACCUUCCCUGCACCGAAUUCCUAGGGUCUGUGAUCCCAGUGUGAGCUGACGUGCUCUGCAAAACCGUGCUCUGCAAAACCCAGCGCCCUGCUCCUGUGUGCGUUUGGCGUUGGGGCAACGAGGCGGUGGAUUGACGCUGGUGGCCCAGCCCCGCAGACCCACAAGCCCUACCCGUGCUGGAACUUGCUUCCUGAGGUCUUCGGGAAUCUUCCACAAGACCAGCACAAGCUGCCAGGCCUGAGCUACUUGAAGGGGACCAUCUAGGUCCCCACCCCAUGGACUUUGCCUGUUUUCAGCUCCACAUUUUUUCUCUUCCUUUCUCUCUGGCUUCAGCCAUGACUUAAAACUCAAAAUGUUGGAGGAUGGUGGAGGCCCCUCCCCAAGCAAGGAGCCAGGGAUGAUGGGAAGUGGUAGUCAUCCUCUUUGGUCACCUGCUCCAAGAAGGAAGCAGCAAUUGAGUACCCCUCCCUUACCUACUGCCCUUUUCCAGCUCUCCUACACCCGAGGUGUGAUGGGCUCUGUUCUUCCUCCAACCCAGUCUCAACUGGCCCUGCCCAAAAAAGAGAGAAAAAAAUAGGCUGGCCUGAUAUUUUUCGGGAACCUACGUCCAUUCAACGUUAAAUCCUCCAUCUCCCCAUAGUCAUCACUUCCACAUCACCUCUAACCUGAUUCUUCGUCUGCUGUUUCACCCUGAAGAAUUUGCACAGGUUAAGGCCAGUUACGUCCUCUCUGAAACCUUCAAUAACUCACCUUUACCCAACUCUCAAGUAAAGCCUCGACAUGACCCAUGCUUCUAGAGCUAUGCACGCCCCUGCCCCAGCCCCUUCUCCCUCUGUUGAGGGCCUCCAUUACACUCCAUCAAAAGACUUUCUUGCACAUGGGAAAACUGAAUAAAUGUAUAAAUUCA